UAGAAAGAUAGCCAAUCAUAUAAUCGGUUUCAAACUACUUCUCGGUUGUAUCGUAAAAAUGGCGGCGCUCAGUUUGGAAAGUAUUGUUUUGGAAAUCUUACCAGAUUUUGGCGUAAGUGUACUUAAACCUGAACAGAAAGAGAUAAUAAAACACGCAGCAGAAAAGAAGGAUUGUAUAGCUGUCCUGCCAACAGGAUUUGGAAAGUCUUUGCCUUUUCAACUAUACGCAGCCGCUCAGAAGCGAAUGAACCAGGGGCCCGGUUCAGUCCACGUUUUAGUGUGCUCUCCUUUGAUAGCUUUGAUGAAGGACCAGACCAAAAAAAUGUCCCGCAUCAGCCAUUUAAACGUGGGCUACAAAGGUGAAAGUGUACAUAUGGAUGAAAAAAUCAAACGAGGAGACAUUGAUUUGAUUUAUGCAUCACCAGAGACAUUGGUUGGAGAACCAGAAUGGAGAACAGCUUUCCAGGGGCUAAAUGUUACCCUUAUAGUGGUGGAUGAAUUUCACACAAUAUAUACAUGGGGUCUACAGUCAGACAAAGGAAAAGAAGCAUUUAGAGGCUGGUUUGCCCAAUUAGGAGAAUUACGUUCAUUUUAUCCAGAUGCCCCACUUUUAGCCCUUAGUGCAACAUGCUCUUUAAAAAUAAGAAAGAAAACAUUAACACUUUUGAAUCUGAAGGAUCCUGCCGAAAUUACACUAUCACCAAAUAAAUCAAACAUUAAACUUGUUGUUAAAAAAGUGCACAAUUCAGUCGAGAUGGCAUUACUGUGGCUUGUUGAUGGACUUGAGAAACUAAAGGAAGAAUUCCCAAAGUCUUUAGUGUAUUGCAAUUCUAUAAAGGAUGCUUCCAUUAUUUAUCAAUAUAUUUUAUCAGAAUGUCCAAAUUUGAUUAGCUGUGUAGCAAUGUUUCAUUCAGAGUCUGCAGAAAAGACCAAAGACAAAAUAAUUUCUGAUUUGGGAAAUCCACAGAGUGACUUACGGAUAAUUAUUGCCACAAGUGCUCUUGGCAUGGGAGUGGAUAUUCAAGGAUUUCAUUCACUUGUUCUCUAUGGACCUCCACUAACAGCAGUAGACCUUAUCCAAGGUAUCGGUCGUAUUGGUAGAGAUGGUAAUCCAUCCUGUGCUGUAUUGCUGCACAAUUCAUACAACGUGCGUAACAUUGAUACUGAUGUGAAAUGUGUUAUUCGUGAUCCCAGUUGCAGAAGAGUAUCCAUUAUGAAAUCUUUUCUAAAGGACUCAGAACUGCAGGAAAUUCAUAGUGACAUGGAAAAACACACCUGUUGUGACAUAUGUGAAGAUGAAUGUAAAUGUGGUGAUUGUUCACAGUUACAAUUGGAAAGACUUUUGAAAAGUAGUUCUAUUGAAACUGAUGAAAAUGUGUCAGAUUCUGAAUCUGAGGUGACAGAUUUUGAAAGUUCAGGUGAUUUUGAUGAAUUAUGACAUUAAACACACC